UCCGCGAGGUCCUGGCUUCGCAGCUCUGCCCUCUGCUGCGCUCGGCUCCCGCAGGCGCUCGGCCCGGAGCCCCUCGGCCCCCGCCCCGCCGGUCAGACAGGAAGAAGCCCUCGGCUGGGCCCACCACCCACCCUGCCCCCAUGCUGCUCCUCGCCCUCCUCCUGCUCCUGGAGCUGAGCCUGGCAGGCUCCCUGGGACCCGGAAGCUCUGCUCAGAACCUCCCGGAGAAUCAUAUCGACCUCUCGGGACCGGCACUGUGGACGCCUCAGGCCAGCCACCACCGUCGGCGGGGCCUGGUCAAGAAGGAGCGGGGCCCAGGCACACCUGGCUGGACCCAGGAUGGGGCUGUGGUCACUGCCACCAAGCAGGCCUCCAGGAUCCCAGGGGCAGAGGGACUGCUGCGUGGGCCAAGUCCUGCAGGCCUGCUGCAGGACAAAGGUCUGCUCCGGGGGCUGACUCGGCCCUACCCCGAGAAGGAGAGCCGGGCUCCAGGGUCAGAGAGGGUGAAGAAACGAGGCAGGGAGCACAAGAGACGGAAGGAGAGGUUGAGGCUGCACAGAGGCCGAGCCUUGGUCAGAGGCCCCAGCUCCCUGAUGAAGAAGGCGGAGCUCUCAGAAGACCAGUCCCCGGAUGCUUUGAUGGAGGAAUCCUCCACCAGCCUGGCCCCCACCAUACUCUACCUCACCACCUUUGAGGCACCUGCCACCGAAGAAUCACUGAUCCUGCCCGUCACAUCCCUGUGGCCCCAGGCUCACCCCAGGCCUGACGGGGAGGUGAUGCCCACACUGGACAUGGCCUUGUUCGACUGGACUGACUAUGAAGACUUAAAGCCUGAGGUCUGGCCAUCCACAAAGAAGAAAGAGAAACACCGUGGCAAACUCUCCAGUGAUGGGAACGAAACAUCACCAGCUAAAGGGGAGCCCUGCGACCAUCACCAGGACUGCCUGCCAGGGACCUGCUGCGACCUCCGGGAGCAUCUCUGCACGCCCCACAACCGAGGCCUGAACAACAAAUGCUUUGACGACUGCAUGUGCGUGGAAGGGCUGCGCUGCUACGCCAAAUUCCACCGGAACCGCAGGGUCACCCGGAGAAAGGGGCGCUGCGUGGAGCCCGAAACGGCCAACGGCGACCAGGGGUCUUUCAUCAACGUUUAGCGGCCCGCGCGAGACGCCUCCGCACCGGCCUGGGGAGCGAGCUCCGGAGUUUUGGAGAAGCCGGGCAGUUUGUUUAUAACUAGCGGUGGCGGAUCAAAUGCGGGACCAGCUGACUGAGGCUGCAGGCUCAGAUCCAGGACGCUCCGUUCCGAGCCCUGGACGAACUGCCCCCGCCCAGGAGCCGAGCAGCAGCACGCCUGCACCCACCCCUGGGCGGACGGGAGACCCACACCGCCUGCGCAUCCGGUGUCCGUGUUCUCCGCGAUGGCAAUGUCGAGAGUGCCCUCUAUCGUCCGACCGCAGCACUGCAACGGUUUCAAGUUUCAAAAGGAAGAGGUUUUUGAGCUGGCAAAGAAUGGAAACUCCUGGAGAGAGGGGGAACCAAAAGGCGGGAGAUGAAUACCGAAGCACCUCCUAUGUACCAGGCACUGUGCUAAACGCGGGCCAUACGUUAUCUCGUUUAUCACAUGACCUUUUAAAGUAGGCAUAAUCACCAUUUUACAAGUGAGGAAACUGAGGCAGGCUUAAAUGAUCUUGUCCAGGGUCCCAGAUCAAUGCUCCUCAAACCUUCACCUGUGUGAGAAUGCCCAGGGAUCUGGUUAAAAUGCAGAUUCCAAUUCAGUCGAUUCUGCAUUUCUAACAAGAUUCAGGGCUUGCUGAUGCUCCUGGUGACCCGGGACCUCACUGAAAGCACCAGGUCCCGGGGAGUCAGGAGUGGAGCUGGCAUCUGAACCUGGGUCUGCCCAGCUCCAAGGCUCACAUCCUUGCUCUUCCACAACCAAGGACUCAUUCCAAGUUCUCCACGGCUUUCAGUGAGAGACACGUGUUCCUUGGUGGUUCCUUUUGCUGUGGUGAAGGCUGGAAUAACAGACAAUUCCUUCCCUGGACAAAGGUGUAUCACUUCAAAGAA